AUGAUCCAGGACCUGCUGACGAUAAGAGCUGAUCGUGAGAGGUACUACUAUGGGGUCGAUGCUCUCUUCCAGGCCCAUGGCGACAUUGUGGAGCGCCUUUGUACAGAUGCACUUCAGCUGCUGCCGACGCUUCUGGACGGCUUGGUAUGGCGCUCGAAGCGUGCAAUCAACGGUGCCAGGCGCGUCAACUUCUACGUUAAGCAUCUUGUUGUGAACAAGGAAGGCACCUUCUCAGGUGCACUGAAGGCUAUUGCAGACGCAAAGGAUGUGAAGAUUAUUUCGCAUCAAGUCGUCGUGCAGAUUUCUGACACCCUGUGGUCAGGCGUGGUGCGCCGACAGUUCAUCUUCUCCAAGAUUGGCUUCCUGUUCAGCCUCGUUGUCUUCAUGCUCAGCCAAGCAAUUCUACCUAAGACCGAGUCAGCUGACGAGCUGAACAUGCGAAUAGCUGUUUUUGCUGGCCGCCUGAUAAACUAUGCAUUCAGCAUGACCCGGCUUCUUGUCUUCCAUCUCCGCCGAAUUUUCAAAGCAUUCCGAGCUGGAACGAUAAUGAAAGUGGGACGGGUGCCUGUCCCAGAAUAUUUGAAGGAUGAAGAUGCGAAGUUGGGCUUCAUCCUGCUACUCAUGCUUGUAGCUAUGUGUGCAAGUGAGCCGAUGUUCUACUGCGCACAAGAGAUCAUGACCACAGGACCAAGUGAGACCUGUGGAUCAGCGAAGCCAGUCAUGCCUUUCUACAUCAUCUUCUCGAUGGGUGCUAUGGUUCUACACUGGCUGCUCGUCAUCAAUCUGUCGGUCUUUGCAACCAAGCUUGCAGCAUUCGUGUUGGUUUGUCGCGAAGUGCUGUCGGAGGUGGGGAAAUUCCUAGUCGCGAUCCUAUUCAUUCUCAUCACUUUCAGCAGUGCGAUUGCCACCCUGAGGCAUGAUGUUGCGGAGUUCAGUACGCUUCCUAAAGCUGCGAACUGCUUGUUUGCCACGACAGUUGGCAUAUAUGAGGGUGACUACAGAGAACUAAUGCACCAACCUGCACUUCUGGCGCCAGUUCUGCUGUUCAUCACCGUGUCAGCGAUUUUGUUGAUCAAUCUCCUCAUCGCUCAACUGAAUUGCUCUUACGACUACGUUUAUGGUGAUAUGCUGGGAUUUGCCCGCUUGGCCCGUGCGUCGCUCAUUGUCGAUUCGAUGGCCGCAUGUCCUCCUGCGAGAUUUGCAAGAUUUGUCGCUGGUCUGCGCUUUGAUCAACUUCUGGAAUUUGACGAGGGUGAUGUGGGCUUGGGAGGAGGUAUCCAGAUUCGCGAGCCUGCAAAUUUGAAUCCCACGUCUGAUGAUAUCAUCCUCCGUUUUGGAGGCACAAGCUCUCCUGACAUGCAGUGGCCGGAGGAGGAGUUGGAAACUGACCGAUACGCAAGAAUUAAAUACUUGCUGGCGCAGCUGAACAAAAAGCCAGAGAAGCAGAGGAAGUGGAUUCACGGACAGCAGGCGGGCGGCCGUCCUGUGGACGUCAUAGUGGGUUCUCCACGGAUCUAUGGCUACUGCUCAACGUUCUAUGUUGCCUGGGAGACCUACGUGCCACAAAGGCGUGGACACUUCGCCUUGACCACCGGCGAAGGCAAUGCAGAGAUGGAAGAGGAGAUUCAGCUUCGCGUGCCCGUCGACUUGGAGGUGCCAGGCGACGUCAACUUGCGCACGCUGCAGCACAUUCUGUGCACUUGGCUUGAAGAGGCAGGGUUGCAAGCCUUGCGACAUCCAGCUGCUCUUUUCCUGGGGCUAAACGGACACUUGUGUACAGAUGCAGCAGCGCAGCCCUUGCGCAAUCUGGUGCCUGGAUCCGUUGUCUCUCUGGUCGAGGAUCUUGGGGAGGCACAAGAGGUCGCCAGACUCGGCUUGUGUCUCAAUGCCGUUCAGCUCAUGCAGGUGCAGUUUCCUCCAAUGGUCCCAGGAGGCCCUCCAAGGAAGAUCCCGGAUGAGGUCUUGCGAGAGAAGCGGCAACGCCUCUACAAGACACAGCCGUGUGCCAAUUAUGCUGCUGGCCAUUGCUCGUUCGGCCACAAGUGCCACUUCGCCCACGGGGAGCACGAGCUUCGCCUUCCUGGCAAAGAAGGCAGCGCAUCGACGCUGAUCUCCAAGUGGAAUGCAGACAAAGACGAUGCAUCCUGGAAAGACAGGAGCCAGUGGUCCGAGAACUGGAAAUGGGAGGAGAAAUGGCAGAGGCACGAUGAAGACUGGCGGCGGGACUGGCAGGACUGGAAACCAAACAAUUGGUUCCGGUCUGCUGCUGAAUGGGACUGGUCCAAGGCGAAUGACUGGUGGGAAGGUACCAGCUGGUGGAAAUCAGACUGGCAAGACAAGCGCUCGGAGUGCAAUGAUGCUGCUGCCAGUGGCGCAAGUGAUAACAAUGUUGGUGGCGAACCAAAUGCAGUGGAGGCAACACCUACGGAAUCUCGGCUUCAUGAAGUGCCAAGCAGCUGCAGCAUGUAG